UCUUUCUCAUUUCACAGCUGCUUUUUCCAUGUACGAUUCAUCUGAAUUCUAUUUGCUUCAAGGUAUAUCGUCAGUCAGUGGCAAUAAAUAGCAUUUCACACAAAUUGUGUUCUCUUCUGUUUCUUUCUUUCCUUUUCCUUCCCCUUGUUCACUACCUCAGAAAUUCAUGGCUGAAACCUUUGCCUUUAACAUUGUAGAAAGUUUAGUUCAGAAACUAGCCACUGUUGCUUAUCAAGAAAUUUCUCUAGCUUGGGGUGUCCAAUCUGACUUUCAAAGGCUUAAUGACAUAUUGACCACUGUCAAAGAUGUGCUCUUAGAUGCUGAAGAAAUCCAAGCUCAUAACAAUCAGCUGCGGAAUUGGUUGCAAAAGCUGAAGGAUGCCUGUUAUGAUGCCGAAGAUGUGUUGGAUGAAUUUAAAAUCGAAGCAUUGCGGAAGCAAGUUCUGAGACAGAGGAGCAUCGGAAAGAAGGUAAGUCAUUUCUUUUCAAGCUCGAACCCACUUGCUUUUCGAUUUAGGAUGGCCCAAAAGAUUAAAAAGGUUACCCUGAGAUUUGGGGAGAUUGCUGCUUUGAAAGCUAAUUUUCAUCUCGCUGAAAGACAUUAUGACACUAGGCAUGUCGUUAUGGGCCCGGACAGGGAGACCCACUCCUUUGUGCAAGCAGCGGAUAUCAUUGGUAGAGAUGAGGACAAAGAAAAAAUCAUAAGAGCUUUGAUGCAAGACCCAACUGAUGGGGAAAAUAUCUGUGUCCUUCCUAUAGUUGGAAUUGGAGGUCUCGGAAAGACCGCCCUUGCAAAAUUGGUGCUCAAUGAUGAAAUCAUAGAUGGGGAAUUUCAGUUGAAAAUGUGGGUUUGUGUUUCAGAUGAUUUUCAUCUGAAACGAUUAAUUGUAAAAAUUAUUAAAGCGGCAAAAAAGAUCAAUGGAGAUUGGAGUAAUAUGGAUUUAGAUCAAUUACAAAAGGUUUUACGAGACUCUUUAGAUGGGAAAAAAUAUUUACUCAUUCUAGAUGAUCUGUGGAAUGAAGAUAAUAUUAAAUGGAAGGAAUUGAAACAGUUGCUUGUGGGAGGAGGUAGGGGAAGCAAAAUUGUAGUCACCACUCGUAGUAGCCGAGUUGCAGAGAUCAUGGGCACAAUCCCAACACACAAUUUAGAAGGUCUUCCAGAAAAGGAAGCUUUGUCUUUGUUUCUCCAAUUUGCAUUCAAGAAAAGGGAAAUGAAUCAAUACUCAAACCUGGUAAAAAUUGGGAAAGAGAUAGUUAAAAGUUGCACUGGAAUUCCUUUGGCUUUGAAGACACUUGGGAGCUUACUUCUCGGCAAAACUUCAGAAUAUGAUUGGAAACUUGUGAGAGAUAGUGAAAUGUGGAAAGUAAUGCAAAAGGAAAACAACGUUUUUCCUGUUUUGAAAUUGAGUUAUGAUCAAUUGCCUCCAUAUUUAAAGUUAUGUUUUGCUCAUCUUUCAGUCUUUCCAAAGGAUUAUGAAUUUAAUUACAUGGAGUUGAUCCAUUUUUGGAUGGCUCAUGAUUUGCUUCAAUCCUCCAAUGAAAAUGAUGACCCAAUAGAUAUUGGUCGUCGUUAUUUGAAUGAUCUAUCAUCAAGGUCUUUUUUUCAAGAUUUUGAUAAAAGUUUGUCUAAACAAUAUUUUUUUAAAAUGCAUGAUCUUCUACAUGAUCUUGCAGUGUCAGUGGCAAAGCAUGAGUGCUCUAGGAUAAACUCUUUCAAACAAAUUAUUACCUCAGGAAUUCGACAUCUGUACCUUCAAAACUCUGAUUUUUUUAAGAAAAAUUCUUGUGACUUUUUUUAUAUUGACAACUUAUGUCAUCUACGUACAUUUCGUUUUGAAAAUAUGAAAGCAGAUGCCAAAAGUGAAUCAUUUAUCAAAAAAUGUCUUUCAAGAUUUCAAAAGUUGCGAGUGCUAACUCUACAAGGAUCUAGUCUUGACGUAGUGCCCAAAAGGAUUAGUGGUUUGAAGCAUUUGAGAUAUCUCGAUUUAAGCGGCAACUCCAAUAUCAAGAAACUUCCCAAUUUCAUAUGUAAGUUACUGUGUUUGCAAACUCUGCUUCUCAUUCAUGCAGGAAUCGAAGAGUUGCCCAGCAAUAUGAGAUACAUGAUUAGUCUCAGAAUGUUAUCAAUAAGUACAAAGCAAAAAGAUCUAUCCAAGAAUGGACUUGAAUACUUGAAAUCUCUUCGGUAUUUGUUAUUUGCUAAUUGUGAAAAUUUAGAAUAUUUGUUUGAUGGGAUUCAAAAUCUGACAUCCCUUCAUACAUUGAUAAUAGUUGAUUGCAAGAACUUGAUCGCGCUGCCACAAGGUAUUAAAGCUUUAACCCCGUUAAAAAUUCUGGUGAUUUCGAAUUGCGAAAAGCUCCAUCUAAAUAUGAUAUUGGCAUCCAAAGCGAGAGGAAAAGAAGAUGACAGUCAAGAUCACAACAUUGGCAGUGGGUUACGCCUUCAAACAUUAAUCAUUGGAUGGUUACCAAGGCUGGAGGCACUACCCAAUUGGCUUCUUGGAGAAUCUGCCAACACUUUGCAGAUCCUGGUAAUCGAAGAAUGCAAGAAUCUCACAACAUUGGCGGAGUGGCAGAAUCUCACAUCACUUGAAAGGUUUAGUAUUGGGAAAUGCCCAAAACUGUCAUCUCUACCAGAGAGUAUGCCUUGCCUCAGAGAAUUGAGUAUUAUGCAUUGUCCCAUUUUGAAAGAAAGAUGCAGACCAGAAACAGGAGAGGAUUGGGCCAAGAUUGCUUACGUCUCGAACAUACGGAUUGAUGGCUCUGCCGGAGGGUAUGCCGUGCCUCAAAGAAAUGACUAUUAUGCAUUGUCCCAAUUUAAACGAAAGAUGGAAGCCAGAAACAGAAGAGGAUUGGGCCAAGAUUGUGCAGCGUAGCGACUCGCUAAGAAGGCGCAUGUAUCUCCAUUUAUUGGUACGUAAUUGGACUGGACUUCUCAUGGUGGCUGCACCAUUCUUCACGUAACCACUAAAUAUGAUUCCAGAAGUGUUCCUGGCUUGCCUUAUGUCCUGAUUGUUGGGUGUAUUCUAGCUAGUUGUGUUAUGGACCUAUCUGAAAUUUGAUGCUUGUUUGUGGGCUGUAAUUUCCUUGUUUCGUUCAAUGUUGGUUUGAUGUCUUGGGUUUGAAUUCAA